AUGCGUGCGGGGACGCCGGUGUGGCGGUGUGCCUCCUCCUCCGUCGCCUUCGAACUCCUCGGGCGGGUGCCGCUCCGCCGACCUCCACGUUACUCCCAGCAGCAGUCUGCGGCGCGGAAGGUGAUGGACGGCGCAGCCCUCGCUGCCCUACCGGCAGCCGCGGCGAGAAGGCCGCGCCACGCCACGCAGCAGGCGUUGCUGGAGCUGGAGCCCCGUCCCGCCACGGAUGCCCUCUGCACCACCGCAGACGCCGUGGAUGAGGAUGUCGUGCUGGAUGGCGUCCACGCAAGGCAGCUCGCCGACGUGGCCGCCUCAGCGGAGCGGGGGAGGCUCUCGGAGCACCACCCGGCGGCACGUGGGGUUGGGUCGGACGUGGUUGAUUUGGUAACUGAUGCCUUUAAGGAGGAACGGGAGCAGCUUAUUGCGCAGCGACGUCGCGCGCUGUAUGAUUUGACGCAUCCGAACCCGGCGGACUACACGUACAAGGACAAACUUGUUCCACCACCGCCUCUGAGCUUUGGAAAAAUAACAGAUGAAGCCAAGCAACUAGGAAACAAGGUCAUGUUGGGCCAACAUUACACGCUGGUGCGGCAGGCAGGGGUGACGCGGGAUGAGGCGCAUGCUACUUCUACCACAGUCUUGGGGCAACAACGGCGGAACCGACGAAAACCAACGUUGUAUGAUAAUCACAAUUUCUUUUUUGAGGUCAACGACUUGUACCAAGAAAUUGUCCUGGUCGGCAAGGCCUGUGCGGGGAAGUCGAGUCUGUUGAAUACGCUACUCGGACAGCCGGUAGCCAAGACAAGUAGUCAACCGAACACGACGCGACAAAUUUCCUUUUACCAGAGUGUCUCACCAGAGGAGAUGCAGCGAUACCUCAAUGUAAAGGGCAACGGCCUGGUGAAGCUUCCUGGCGGCGGGGUGCAGUUAACAUUUGUAGAUGUUCCUGGAUUUGGCAUUGAGGGCAUGUCGGAUCAGUGGCGCGACAAAGCGAUUGCGCUGACAGACGCCUAUCUGGGUGUGCGGCGUUCUGUGAAUACAGUGCUUUUCUGCAUUGACUGCGAACGUGGACUCACAAAGGUGGAUUUGCGUUACUUUGCGUGGCUUGAAAACUUGCACGGGGUGUUUUUUAUAGUCUUGACGAAGUGCGACUCCGUGCCACACUCGCGCGUGUGCUCUGUCAUGCGGCAGAUUUAUGCCACCAUCACGAAGAACCGCCGCAAGUACCGAAAGGUGUUUCCCUUCGUCAUACCCACCUCCGCGCGGGACGGCACCAACAUUGAGUUUCUCCGCGGUUUGAUUGCAGAAACCUCCGGCCUCAUCCCAGGCGAUCGGCUGCGACAGCUGUUGAAGACGAAGGCGGACGCCGAUAUGGCGGCGGCGUUGGAGCAGGAGGCAAUACGCGUACAAGAGGCCCAUAGGGUGGGGACGCAGGAAGCGAAGGCGUUCUUCACAGCAUUAAAGGGAAAAGAAUGGCACAAACCGUCGGAUUCUCCCGCAGGUACUGCACCGUCGCCCCCGACAGCAAUGAGGCCGCAAAAGUACGUAAUUCCGCUGAAUGGCGGUGAUGCGGCAGCGACGGAUGCGCACGUGCGCACGCCAGCUGAGGAGCCAUUGCUGACGUUCCCUUCAGCCGCCGCGGACAAAAACAGGAGCAUGCCCACUAGCAGGCCGAACAUGAAAGACAGCAGUACCAACCAGAAUUCCCCGUUCGGCAUUGACGCGAAUGAGAAGGCGAGGCGUCGACAGCGCUUCUUAGCGUGGCGUCACUCUCAUCCGCUUCAGCGACAUACGUCGGAAUACGGAACCUACCGGCUGAAUACAGGACUUGAAAGACCUGAUGCAGAGUGGAUUGAGUUGCCGUACUUGGAAACUGCUCUCACUGGCGAUGAGGUGAAAAACGACUCUGUUGCAGCAUCACAAAAGGGCCCGACACAUGCACCAGCGGAUGGUGACAGUAAUAAGGGCUCCAAUGGCCCAACCACUCCAGUGGGGGACCGUGAGGUAAGCGAUGGAGCCGCCGUGUCGACGAUGACGACGUCGUCGUCCACCGUAGCGGCGUUGCCCUCCGCUGUGCUUGGAGUUGGUGGGACAAGCGGAACUUCAACGAUGCGUCAGCAAACGAGCGGUGCCGUCUCGCGGUUUUUAGGGCUUCUGGGCGAUUACGCACAGCAGGGCACACCGGUGGGCCGGAAUAAGCGGCGAUGUGCCAAGGAGACUAAGUGGCGUGAGCGUCUUCACAUGAAAUCGGUCACCCGUUUUCUUGUUGAGGAGGAGGACGGCCGACUCGCAGAGUAUAAGGCAGGGAAGAAGUUUGGCCCUUCGCUGGUGGAACCCUGUGAAGUGGAAAAGCGGCGCUCGCAGUGGGCGGCCCGUCAGUUCGUGCAACAGGCUGUGGCUGUUCGCCCGACGUCACCAUGGACGGCACUGGAUGUCUUGCGUAAAGAGAAGGAGCGUGUCAAGCAGGAGGCGGCGAUGAGAGGGAUGACGAAGAAGGAACUGCAGGCGUAUCUUCGCAAUUCCGGCAGCGUCACGGAAGGCUUUGAGAGGUUUGAAGGCGAAGUAACGGCGGCCAAGUACAUGAACGAGACUCGGCAAGCGAGGACGCUGCGUUCUCAGGAGCAGAUGCACUUCAAUAGCACCGCAAAAAUAUCUUACCGCUCGAUGCCGGUGGGGCUAUGGAAAAGGUAUGGAGAACGGACAACGUACUGGCCGACGUCCCGUGUGAAGGGCCGGUGA